GUCCCCCGCAAACGGCUCCAAGAGAGCGCUGCUGUUGGUUGUACAUCCCGCUACUGCACGCUGCCGGGACAAUUGACCGCAGCAGCCGAGUCGGCAUGGCGGGCUCUCGCGCGGGACGCUGGUGAGCAAUGGGCUUCAAUAGUCGCCGCGCUGCGUGACGCGCCGCCGACAGACCCGCAUGCGUUGGCCCGCCUCAUCCGCACCAUCGCGGACCUAGACGUUCCUCACUCGGGAUUCGGCUACCGCGCAGGCGCGGACGAAGGCGUCGCGGUUGUUCUCGAAGCGUUGCCGACCGCACCUUUGCCUCUGCCGUGCGCGCUCCCGCUUUGCGCCGGGCCUGACGGUUACAUCCCCGCAGCCACGCAAGCAGCGCUGCUCGAGAGCUACGGUGGCGUGCGAUGCGCGUCCGCGGCGCACGCUUUGGCGCUUGAUUUGCAGGCAUCGUUCCGUCGCGACGGCGCGGUCGCCGGUGGCCGCCUGCGCCAGCACCAUCUGGGGAGCCCCUGCAGUGCUCCCGCGUGCGGGGGCGCGGUUCGCGCUGCGGGCGCGGGCCACGCAGGAGUGGAGGGAGACAGGGCAGGGGCCGAGGCGAGCAGCACGUCGGGGCCUGCGAGGGUGCUCGCGACGAGGCCCUCCCCAUCAUCGGCGCAGACGACGACAGCCCGCGCAGUCAGGAAAGGAUCCCACACACACACGCAGCCGGCCGCGAUGGCGACGUCGCCUGCGCAGGCGGUCACGCCGGAGCAGUGGGCGGCGCUGGAUGGCGUUGACCUUGCUGAUGAGCUGCGCCACCCCGUGCCCACCAUCCAGGAAGUCCCGCCGUUCUUGAGGGGCGCAUUGCGUGGUGCGCUCGUGCAGGCGCUUGGGGCCCUCCAAGCAGCGAGCGGAGCCGACUGUUGCAGUCCCGCAGCUCGCGUAGGCCAAGCUUCGGCGCCGAACCGUGGUGCCGAGGACCCUGCGGACGCAGAGGCCGCUACGCGGCGCCGACAUGCCGCUUGCGCUAAUUUACGGCGCGGGGAGGUUUCUCGCGCCCGUCAUGUUUUGACUUCGGCCGCGCUCGCGCCGGGCGAUGACACUACGUGGGCCGCCUUGACUGAUCCCGAGCGCAGGCCUCCGGCGCCGCGUCGGCCGUUGCCGCCCACGACCUUGGAUUUCCAGCCCAAACGAACUCCCUCGCCUUGCCACAACGGCCGUGGCGGGGGCUUUGCGCGACACGCGCUGCGGUAG